AUGGCCGACGAAGAAGUCCAGGCUCUUGUUGUUGACAAUGGCUCCGGCAUGUGCAAGGCCGGCUUCGCCGGAGACGAUGCUCCCCGCGCCGUCUUUCCCUCCAUCGUUGGUCGCCCGCGUCAUCAGGUGAGGCCCUAAUGUGUGCAAACAUUACUACCUCCAUACAAACACCCUUUGUCUACUAUCCGUUUAACGCAAGCAGGGAGAACUAAUCUACUACGUUUCAGACUAAAGCAGAGCAAAACUUACCUUACCAAUGACCUUCGAUGACACAGGUAUAGGAUUUAGACCAAAUAAUUCGGAUCUAAGUCGACUGCUUGCGAUGGAAAAAUAGAAACGUUGUUCGAACUACAUCGAGCCAAGUCGUUUGCCCUUUAGUGACCAACUUCUCCAAGUUGUACUUGGCGGUUGAAAAGCAACGGAGUUCCCGGAUGUAGCUGUCCACGGACCCUGUUUUUUCAACUCCUAAGCAUCAUCUGUGGUAGUAUUCCACAACAACAACAACAACAACAACAACAACAACCGAAUGUUGUUAGGAGACUCCGCACAGUCCAAGACCUUCCACGAUUGGGCAAAAAAUACGUCCAGAUGUGAUUAAGGAAGUCGGUGGCUAGAUUCGCCCGAUAAGUCAUCGAAACUUAUUGAAAUCUCUUUAACUCUUGAAAAGUAUCAGGUACUACAUCCGACGUUUGAGAUUAUUGUCACUGCUGACUACGUCCAGCUGAGUCGUUCCCUAAAGUUUCCUUCAGUCAGCCGUCUGGUUAGAAGUAUUAAAACAUGUUUGUGACCCACUUUCAAGUCUUCUCUCCAUUUGAGGCACAAUUCUGCGUUCUCUGCAUCAGUCCGCAAAAGCGAGGCGCUUGGAAAUGGGACCUGCGCCUCUUUUUGUUAUCAGUUACACAUGUGGCACGGUUCAAGGUCAAAUUUCCGCCACUUACAUUCAGAAGUGUUUUCGGCAUGGGUAAACAGACAUAUUAAGGUCCUGAUUAUUGAGGUCCAGGGCUGGUAAACAGCAGACGUGCGUCCAAGUUAACCACUUCUUACUUUUCUGUUUAUAGGGCGUCAUGGUGGGCAUGGGCCAGAAGGACAGCUACGUCGGUGAUGAGGCUCAGUCCAAACGUGGUAUUCUGACCCUCAAGUACCCCAUCGAGCACGGCAUCGUCACCAACUGGGACGACAUGGAGAAGAUCUGGCAUCACACCUUCUACAACGAGCUCCGUGUUGCCCCUGAGGAACACCCCGUCCUCCUCACUGAGGCUCCACUCAACCCCAAGGCUAACCGUGAGAAGAUGACCCAGAUCAUGUUCGAGACCUUCAACACGCCCGCCAUGUACGUCGGCAUCCAGGCUGUGCUGUCGCUCUACGCCUCCGGUCGUACCACCGGUAUCGUGCUGGACUCGGGUGACGGUGUCACUCACAGCGUGCCCAUCUACGAGGGCUAUGCUCUGCCCCACGCCAUCCUCCGUCUAGAUCUGGCCGGUCGUGAUCUCACCGACUACCUCAUGAAGAUUCUGACUGAGCGUGGCUACAGCUUCACCACCACGGCUGAGCGAGAAAUCGUGCGUGACAUCAAGGAGAAGCUCUGCUACGUGGCCCUCGACUUCGAGCAGGAGAUGGCCACUGCCGCCUCUAGCUCCUCCCUCGAGAAGAGCUACGAACUGCCCGAUGGUCAGGUUAUCACCAUCGGCAACGAGCGCUUCCGUUGCCCCGAGUCUCUCUUCCAGCCCAGCUUCCUGGGUAUGGAAUCUGCCGGUAUCCACGAGUCCACCUUCAACGCCAUCAUGAAGUGCGAUGUAGACAUCCGUAAGGACCUCUAUGCCAACACUGUGCUUUCCGGUGGCACCACGAUGUACCCCGGCAUUGCUGAUCGUAUGCAGAAGGAGAUCACCUCGCUGGCCCCCAGCACCAUGAAGAUCAAGAUUGUGGCUCCUCCGGAGCGCAAGUACUCUGUCUGGAUCGGUGGUUCCAUUCUGGCCUCUCUGUCCACCUUCCAGCAGAUGUGGAUCUCCAAGCAGGAGUACGAUGAAUCUGGCCCUGGCAUUGUCCACCGCAAGUGCUUCUAA